CGUGAAGCCGCACUUCCGCAGAUCCAUAGGUAGCAGGCAUUUUGCAGCAUUUUAUUUAGUGACGCCAAUUGGUGACGAGGUUGUAGAGUAAUUGUUAGUUCUUUAAUUGCGGCUGCGAUUACAAAUAAGAAAAAGUAAAGUUUAAUUAUUUCGAGUUCAUCGUCAUCGCGAAUUCUACCAGUUAACCUUAAACAAGCGCCAAAGCUUCAACAAUGGGCGAAGAUAAGCAAGAAACCAAACCAGUACCUGCACCUCAGCAGCAAAAUGACAAAACUAAUAACGAUAAACCUCACCCUGGUCCAGGAGGUCCUGGAUUUGGAUCAGGUGGUCCAGGUUUUGGAGGUCGAGGUGGUCGAGGAGGAGGUCGCGGCGGACCUGGCGGCGAUCGUCGAGGAGGAUCACGAUUUUCAGGAGGUCGUGGAGGAGGACCAGGCAGAAACAUGGAUGGACCGAAGAUGAACGACGGCAUCGAUGGUGGAAAUUCUGAAGGGAUGGGAGGUGGAAUGGGAGGCGGAAUGGGAGGUGGCAUGGGCGGCCGUGGAGGAAUGCGCGGCAGAGGACGUGGUGGCGGUCCAGGAGGCGACAGAGGAGGAAUGAUGAACCGUUCGCAAGACGAUCGUUUGAUGGAGCGUAUCAUGAAUCUGAGUGGACCAACUCACGAGUUGCCUCCACAAGACUCCACUGAGAAAAAGUUCUCUGGCAGAAGUCGUCUUUACGUAGGAAACUUGACCAGCGACGUAACUGAGGAGGAAAUUACAGAAAUGUUUUCUCCCUUCGGUGAAGUUGCCGAAUUAUUCAUCAACAAGGAGAAGAACUUUGCUUUCUUGAAAUUAGAUUAUCGCAUAAAUGCAGAGAAGGCGAAAAAUCAAUUAGACGGUUCCGUGCGUAAAGGUCGGGCUUUGAAAGUGCGAUUCGCUCCUAGUUCUGCUACAGUCAAAGUAAAAAACCUCACACCUUGGGUUUCGAAUGAACUUCUUGAAAGAGCCUUCAGCGUCUUUGGUGAAAUAGAACGCGCGGUUGUUAUCGUUGACGAGAGGGGGAAAUCUACAGGAGAAGGAAUUGUCGAAUUUGCUAGAAAGCCGUGUGCACAACAGGCUAUCAGAAAAUGCACGGAUGGUUGCUACUUCCUCACUGCAUCUCUUCGGCCAGUCGUAGCUGAAACUUACGAACCACAAGAUGAUAUCGAUGGUUACCCGGACAAGAAUUUGCCCAAGAAGCAUCCUGAAUUUUACAAAGCUCGUGAAGCUGGUCCUCGAUUUGCUCAAAUCGGCAGUUUCGAACACGAAUAUGGCACCAGGUGGAAGCAGUUGCAUGAAUUAUAUAAGCAAAAGGAGGAAGCACUGAAGAGAGAGAUGGUUAUGGAAGAAGAAAAGCUGGAAGCACAAAUGGAGUUCGCGCGAUACGAACACGAAACUGAGAUUCUUCGAGAUCAACUGCGCAUGCGAGAAGCUGAUAGAGAUAGGCAAAAGCGAGAAUGGGAGAUGAAAGAGAGACAAGCUGAGGAACAAAGAACCCGUGAGGAAGAAUUGAGACGACGACAACAAGAGGAAAUGACCCUUCGCAUCAGAAAGCAAGAAGAAGAAUUGCACAGAAGACAACAGGAAAAUAAUUUGUUCAUGCAGGAACAAGCACUCCGUGGUGGAAAGAAUUACGACACAGUCAAUAACGUUGAUGAGCCUGCAGGCAACAUACCGGUGGAUCCAAAAAGUUUUAUGGAAGCAUAUGAUCGUAACAACCGCGGGGGUUUCAGAGAUGAGCGUGGGCAAAUUAUGGACUUAAUGGACAUGCGGGUAGAGAUGGGUGGAAAUAUGGGUGGAAAUAUGAGUGGAAAUAUGGGUGGAGGAGGAGGAGGUCGUGGGGGCGCUGGGGGUGGUGCUGGUGGAGGCGCUGGCGGAGGUCGAUGGCAAGGGGCUAACAAUCGUCCUGAUGAUUUCCCCAAUAAAAGAAGGCGCUAUUAAGCAAACUUGUUUCUUGAUCCAAAACGAAAGGGACACGAUUUUAAUAUGAACCAAUCUCCAAGCUUUCUACUUUUAAUGAAACAAAGAUUUUGCAAUUGUCAUUUGUGUGCUUCACAAAGAAAUAUUCCUAGAUCACCUCGGUCGGAGGCAAUAUUAAUUUAUAUCUAGAACGAAAGUCGGAAUUUAAAUUUAAACCCUAACAUUCAUUUUUUAUAAUAAUAUUCUACGUAUUAGAUAAAAACUAUUCGUACGACUCACUCAUGUCGUAUUUGUUGCAAGUCCUUAUAAUUCCGGUAGCAUUCCGAAAUUUGUGCUCAAAAACCUCGUUUUUAGUGGUUUACGUUUUAUACCUUAAUUUGUCUUCGUAAAAAUGACUUAUGUAAACAAGCAAAUUUGAUACUUAUUGACACCUCGGGAAGCUACUUUGAUAGUACUAAAAUCGCAUUUGCAUUUUUGCUUUAUUUUCCUUCUGGUUGUUAGAAUGAGUUUGACGCAUCUUUUCCGAUGAUACAUAGACCUUUUCAAGCUCUGUAAUGCCAAAUAUUAUUUUUUCGAAAUUUAAAAACCAAAUACUUAUUGUAGAAAGUAGUUUAAAGAAUUUGAUUACACAAACUUCCAAACAAAUUUAUAAAUUCUGAUUUGCAUACAGUUUUUCUUAUGAUUUAGGGUAAGAAAGUAGAAGUAUUAAAAAUGGGUAAAGCUAUUCCUUUUUAUACUUGAAUCUUUUUAGAUUCAAAAGUGAUAGAAAUUGAGCUUGAAAUGGUAAAAAAAUGUGCAUAUUUCCCUGUUUUUUUUUAAAGGGAUUCCAGAAAUUGAUAUUGAGAUGCUUUUUCGCGAAGACGAUCGAUCAAAAUAUGUAUUGAAUUUAAUAUUCAUUAUAGGUGUAAUAAUAGUCUUAACUCUAAACUGAAGUUUUGAACCAUCAUUGAAAAUAUAAUCAUUCGACGUCGCCUCUAAAUUAAAGAAUCGAAUUUCACUGUGAAAGUGUUUAAAUGCUUCAA